AUGGGUUACACAAAAAUCUUAGUACCUUUGUUUCUUGUAGCUAUAUUGGUCGUUUCGAUGUCCCCCCAAAACGCUAUGGCCUCAGAGAUUAAAGCGAUCAAAGAACAAAAAUGCACUGUUCCAUGUACGCCAUCAUAUGAGAAUUUAAGAUGCAGCGUGGACUGCAUAACAUUGGGGUUUUCGACUGGAGGAUGUCGUAUUUUUUUUCCUCAUCAACCUCUAUAUUGUUGUUGUUUUAAAUUAACAUAGAUGAUCCCUUGAUUUGUUGUGUUU